GGCGUAUAAUAGUUCCACGAGGUCAUCGAGCGUCAUUCGGUGAAGGGCUGAAUAUCCAGUGGUUCCAUUCAGCGAUCCCCUUUCUAAGGCCAAACAGCUUACACCGACUCUCCUUAUGCUGUUCCCAGCAUCAAAAAUGACGGAUCCACCCACAAAGUUCAUCAGCCUCAAAACCCUCAAGAUUCACAGUACGCGCGAGAGUCUUUACGUCGUUAUCAGUGGCAAAGUAUAUGAUGCUACCCAAUUUCUGGACGAGCAUCCUGGCGGCGACGAGGUUAUCCUCGCUGAAGCUGGUAAAGACGCCACAGAGGCAUUCGAGGAUGUUGGACACUCGGACGAAGCACGCGACUUGUUGAAGGGUUUGUAUGUCGGUGAUUUUGACAAUUGGGGUCCUGUAUGCGGACGCCUCGAAGAGGGUCCCGCAAAGAGUCCCACAAACGCAAACCUCUUCCUCUUCUUAAUUGCUCUCUUUGGCAUCAUCCUCGCCUACCGUUACUACCUUACAUAAACUUGCCAUCAGAUCGGACAUUGCAUACAUGAUUGCAUUGGAAUUGUUCCGCGACACAAACUGUAGUUUUUGCCCACAUCAUAUUUCCUUUUCAGUUGAGCCGUACAGUCAAGGACGGACAUCGAUGCGAGAUGUCGAUUUCGAGCUUGUUCUAAUAUCGUCCUAAGUUGAGCGCAAUAAAUACUUUACGCAUCCAUG